AUGCAAGUCAUUUAUCCUUUGAAGAGCUCUAUCGGAAUGGGUUGGGCGGUCAGGUAUAAUCUGGUACUGCAUAAGUAUGGUAUGAAGCUGUACAAGGGAGUUGAAGAGACAGUGGCUCUUCACCUGAUGGAAGUCUCCAAACGCUGUAUUGAAAGUGCUGAUGAGGACCUACUUGCCCGAUUGAAGAUCGAGUGGGAAGAUCACAAGAUGAGCAUGGGGAUGAUCCGAGAUAUUCUAAUGUACAUGGAUCGGAACUACGUCCGGCAACAUACUCAACAGUGUGUACCUGUCUAUGAUAUGGGCUUGAGGUUGUUCCGAGACACUGUCAUAGGCGAUGCACGAGUCAGAGGGAGAGCCAUCGGACAGAUCCUUGCGGAACUCCGUCGUGAACUCCAUGGUGAGACGAUAACAGACCCGCAGCUCGUCAAGAGCGCCCUGUCCAUGCUUGUGGAGCUCUCCGAUAUACAGACUUUAUCUGGGCACACUGAAACAGAUAGCGAAAACGUCUACUAUUCUUGGUUCGAGGUCAACUACUUAGCGCUCAUACGAGACUUCUACACUCAAGAGGCCAACGAGUACAUAGAACGACAUACAGUAGGAGAGUAUCUCGAGAAGGCUGAUAGCAGAAUGCGACAGGAGAGGGAGCGAGUUGAAACUUAUAUGGAUCGAACUCUGACUAUGGCUAAGGUAGAGGUUCUCGAUUCUGUAUGGAUUGGUCGUCACUAUAAGAUGCUGAUACAACAGGAGAGUAGUGGUUGUAAGGUCAUGUUUGCUGAGGCCAGAGUGUCCGAACUUCGCUUGAUGUACUCCCUUUUUUCUCGUAUACCCGAGACCCUCACUGACAUAGCGGAGAUCAUGCAGCAGAGCAUUGGUGCAGCGAUCGCCGAUUUGAUCGCUGACGAAGCCACCGUCAACGCGCCUGUGUGUUUCGUAGAGAAGUUGUUGGCUCUGCGACAAAAGUUCGAGGGGAUUGUGUCCCAAGCCUUCCGAGGCUCCCUGGAAUUCUCCAACCAGAUGAAGGUGGCCUUCGAGAAAUCACUCAACAACAGCCCGAAAUGCGCUUACUACUUGAGUCUAUACUUGGAUGAAUUAUUGCGGAAAAGGUUGAAAGACAUGACAGAUGCAGAAUUCCACUCUAACGUGGACCAGGUCAUUAGCGUAUUCCGAUACCUUAUUGACAAGGACGUUUUCGAAUCCUAUUACCGAACUAGCUUGUGUCGGCGUCUACUCAAUUCUAAGUACGAGUCUGAUUCACUCUGUCAUAUUCGUCAUUACGGAUCUCCCAGGCCGUCGUCAGCGAAUGUGGAAGAAGCAGAGAAGUUAGUAGUGAGUAAACUGAGGGCCGAGUGUGGGCAGCAGUACACCUCUAAGUUGGAGGGAAUGUUGAAGGACGUCAGUCUGACUAGAUGUGAAGGUGAGGGGGUGUAUGCGUUUCGAGCUGUAUUAGGCGCGUACGUUUACAGUGUGUCGCUUGCUCAGGUCUGUACUUCUGGUUUUUGGCCGACCCAUUCCCCUCCGGGAUGUGAGAUACCUGUUGAAAUGAAAUGCCUGAUCGAUCGAUUUGAAACAUUCUAUCUGUCGAAGCACAGUGGCAGAAGACUUACUUGGAUGUUCAACUACGGAACCGCGGAUGUCCGGAGUAGAGUGGGACGCCAUCCAUAUGUCCUCACUGUCAGUACUUACCAAGCGAUGAUACUACUCUUGUUCAAUUCGUCUGAUGCACUGAGCGUGGAUGAGAGGUCCGAGCGAGAAGACAAUGCCGAGAUCAAGAGGCAUCUUAUGAGCCUAUACGUGAAUCCAAAAGUUCGAGUGCUGUUGCGAGAGAGCCUCAAUGCGUCCAAGGAGCCCACUGCCGGUGAUAUCUUCCGCGUCAAUGCUGAAUUCGAGUCGCGUGUCCGAAGCGUGAAGGUGCAUGCAGGCGGGGGGUCUGCGUCCAGUGUGGAAGUUGGAAGUGCAGUACCCCAGGCUGUUGAGGAAGAUCGGAAGCACAUUGUAGAGGCCGUACUGGUACGCAUCAUGAAGAGCAGGAAGCAGCUGGAUCACAACUCGCUAGUCGUCGAGGCUACCAGACAGUUAUCGCAGAGGUUCCUGCCAGCUCCCCAGCUCAUAAAGCAGCGAAUUGAACAUUUGAUUGAGCGGGAAUUCCUUGAACGCUGUCCUCAUGAUCAUAAGACGUACAAUUAUUUGGCCUGA